AUGACCGCUUCUGUUAUGGAAAGCUUGCCGGCCAUGGCAAAGCAAGCCCACUCUCAGGACGCCGCUAUGGACAAGUUGUCUACGGUUCCGCGUCACGACAGCAUGUCUUCCGAACCACCUCUUUCGAUAUCAACUCUGACACCAGAAGAGCUGUCUGCAGACAGAACCAGUGAGACCUCAUGGUCUGACGCCGCGGUAGAAGCCAACGGAUGGCCAACCUCCCAAGCAUCAAUGCCGCUAUCUACUCAUCUUACCGAACUGUUCGAAGAGAACAUCAUGGCCAAAGUCUAUCGCACCGCGACAAAGUCCCUCCAAGAGCAGGAACCUUCAACCUCUAAAGAGGUUCAGAAGACUCCGAUCGCCUUUCCAGAGAUCGUCCCUCAAGACGGCCCCAAUGCGGGCCAGUACGAGUUCCGCGACCCAGACUUCUGGACCUGCGGGUUCUUCCCAGGAACGCUCUAUGCCUUAUUGGAGCGAAGCGUCAAGCACCCGUCAACGAUGGGACUCGCCAAUGCCGGGUCCGGGCUCAGUGUCGCCACGCUUCGCCAGCAUCUGCGGAGGCUAUGCAAGAUCUGGGCCGAUCCCUUGCAUGACAUGGCCGGUCGGACGGACACGCACGAUAUCGGCUUCAUCAUCAUGCCAGCACUACAGAGGGACUGGGAGCUGAACGGUGACGAGAAAAGUCUCGCUUCCAUCGUCAGGGCUGCGCAUUCUCUUGCGACUCGGUAUGUCCCAGCCGCUGGAGCUAUCCGCAGCUGGGAUUGCCUCUUGAAGAAGGACAUUGCAGUGACAGACAUGGAGACGAAUCUCCUUGCCAUCAUUGAUAGCCUAUGUAAUCUGAACCUCCUAUUCUACGCCGCAGCACAUACCGGCGACAGAACUCUCGCCGACAUCGCCACCACGCACGCCCGUACACUCUUAAAUACGCACCUCCGUCCCGAAUCCGUGAGUACGCUAGUGAGAAAUGGAUACAGAGGUCAGCUUUAUUCGACGUGCCACGUCGCCAACAUCGAUCCGGUCACCGGUGAUCUCAAAUGGCGCUGGACGGCACAGGGGUACGCAAACAAUUCCACGUGGGCCCGUGGCCAGGCGUGGGCGAUCCUGGGGUAUGCCCAGACUUACUACUGGACUCGAGACAGAAGUUUUCUUGAGGCUGCCUUGGGUGCUGCGGAGUACUUUCUGUACCGGCUCGACAUGGCGCCGUCAUGUGUAGAUACACUGGUGGCCGAUGAGGAGACGAACUGCUGCUCUCGGGAUGGGCGUCGAAAGAAGACAAAGGGCCGAAGGAUUCCUCUUUGGGACUUUGAUGCCCCGAUACAAAAUACCGCGGAGCCUCUGCGAGAUUCAUCGGCCGGGGUGAUUGCUGCUAACGGCAUGCUGGUGCUGUCACAGGCGCUCAAGGGCAUCCAAGAACAUGCUUUGGCGCGGCGGUUCCUCGACGCGGCUGUUGAGAUCGUCCGAGAUACCCUCGACUACUCACUCGCAGACGAAACGGCUCGGUUCAUCAGAGCUAUCAGCGAGGCGGGGUUGGAAGUGGAAGACGCCAUCGCUGGCCGAUGUUUCGACGGCAUCAUCAAGCACGGGACGGCCAAUAAUAAUGAAAAUGCUAGACGAAGGUACUGGAAUCAUAGUCUCGUUUACGGGGAUUACUAUCUCGUUGAGUUUGGGAACAGGCUUUUGAAUAUGGGAUUAGCGUAG